UGUUCGAUCCCAGGGCCUCCACUAAGGCGUGGAUUGGCUACUAGCUCAUCAUCUCUUCCUUCUUUCGUAACGUAGACAGAGCAAAGAAGCUUGAUAGACGGUUUAGGGUUUUGCACAGAGGAGGAGGAGGAAAGCUAUGAAGGAAGAAAAAAGCAGAAAACGCAAGAGAUUCAAGCAUGUAAAAUCACAAAAUAAACAUAAACCUUCUCCAUCUAACAACGCCACCCAAAUUCAUAAAGAACCUGAACCUGAAAAUCCUUCUUCUUCGAAGAAGCCAAAGUCAUCCUCUUUCCUUGACAAGAUGCGAGCGAGGUUAUCAGGGGGACAUUUCCGCAUGCUUAAUGAAAAGCUCUACACUUGCACUGGAGAAGAGGCCCUUAACUAUUUCAAGGAAGACCCAUCCUUGUUUGAUAUGUAUCAUUCUGGAUACCAAGAACAAAUGUCACAUUGGCCUGAGCAGCCGGUAAAUAUAAUCAUAAAUUGGCUAAAAGAUCGCAGUUCUUUAGUUGUGGCUGAUUUUGGCUGUGGAGAUGCACGCCUCGCAAAAAAUGUGAAGAAUAAAGUUUUCUCUUUUGAUCUUGUAUCCAAGGACCCUUCAGUAAUUGCUUGUGAUAUGUCAAAUACACCCCUUGACGCCUCAUCUGUAGAUGUUGCAGUCUUUUGCCUCUCAUUGAUGGGCACUAACUUUCCAAGUUACCUUCAGGAAGCACACAGAGUUCUUAAGCCAAAUGGUUGGCUAUUGAUAGCAGAGGUGAAGAGCAGAUUUGACCCAAACACUGGAGGAGCUGAUCCAAAUAAGUUUUCAAAAGCCGUUACAGAUCUUGGAUUUGCUUCAAUGCUCAAGGAUUUCUCGAAUAAAAUGUUUAUUUUGUUAUACUUCCGAAAGAAGGAGAAGCAAAGUUCAAAGAGGAAAGAAAUUGAAUGGCCCGAGUUGAAACCUUGUUUAUACAAGCGUCGGUGAGAUGAAAAGUGAAAUGAUCUUGUUGUGAUGUUAUUACGAGACAACUUGGAGAAUCAUGGUUCUGCAAAUUGUAGUAUGUGUAAGAUUGGAUUAAGUUAGUGAAAUUUUGUUAUUUAUUCUUAUGUUCCUUGAUGAACUCUCAAAGAUUUUUCCUGGAUCUGAAAGAGAUUACUUGGGUUCUCCCAAUAACUAAAAAAUGUAUCAUGUAACUAGAGUUCACGGUGGUGGAGGAAUUGGAUCAGGAAGGAUUCCAAAGAAUUGAUCUUUAUUUUAGUUGUUAAA